AUGAAAUUGGGUAUGGAAGACAUGCAAACUCUGCUAGCACAGAUCGAGUGUUGCCUUAACUCGAGACCGUUAGUACCUCUCAGCGAUGAUCCCACCGACUUCGAGCCCCUCAGUCCAGGACAUCUCCUCACUGGAUUGUCUCUGAAGGCCGUUCCAGAUACUGAUGUCACCACCAUUCCAUUCAAUCGCCUGAGACACUUCCAACAGCUUCAGAAACUACUGCAACAAUUUUGGCAGCGAUGGCAUAUCGAGUAUCUCUGCACUCUUCAAAGUCGCUCCAAAUGGAUAAAUCCUCCAGUACACAUCCAAACGGGCCAGCUUGUGCUUCUGAAGGAGGACAACGUAGCACCUAUCCAGUGGCCUACUGCUCGGAUCGUCGAUUUGCAUCCAGGGAAGGACGGCAUUACUCGCGUCGUCACAUUGAAAACACCAACAGGACAGUAUACUCGACCGGUUUCGAAAAUCGCCAUUCUGCCAAUUCCUCCUUCUGAUAUCCAGCGAACAACAUCAAAUGAAGCAGAAAUCCAUCCACAAACGUUUCCAACGAAGAGCACCUGA